GAAAUAAAGAAAGAAAAAAAAACCUGCUGGUGAGGAAUCAGAUGUGACGGCAGUAACCAGUAACUACUACGAGUAAAACCGCCCACGUCUAGACAACUACCACUGGCGAGAUCGCCUACGUGGUUAACCACGGACCGUACAUCUCCAUCAGACUCAAUCUAAGGCCCCCUAACCACCGAAACCCCAAUACUCCAUUACCGCCACCAUAAAGUAAAGACGACACACACAGAAACAGCUCAACACCCCUUCCUUCACGUUCGUCAAGCAUCUGUCCCCAACGACGCCGUUUCACCCUCCACGUCGCUUACAUUCCUUGAAGAAAUGUUGGCAUUGGCGUGGGGAUUAAGCUGAGAGAAUUGGAGAGAGUGGGAUAAUGUAAGUGAAGUCGAUGGAGUAUGAAAAUGGGGUUAGGGAAUUGGAGGCUGAGAGCUUCAAGGAUCAGGUGAAGGAGUUCUUGAAGGCCUCUGCGGAGAUGGGCGUGGAGCUGGUGAAGGGGUGUAGAGAUAUAGUGAAGCAGAGUCUGGGGAAUGAGAAUUCCUAUGUUGUCAGGAAGUUUGGUGGGCAUUGGAACAGGCUGAGUCGGAGAUUGAGCUUCUUGAAUGAGUUCUUGCCUGAGGAUCGUGAUCCCACCCAUGCCUGGUCGGUUGUGCUCUUUGUCUCCGUUCUUGCUUUUACAGCUCUGAAUAAUACUGAAUAUGCUACGCCCACCCCAUUGUUAAAGGAAGUAUACAUUCAUCCCCCUAAUGCAAGCCGUAUCUUACUUCCAGAUGGUAGAUAUUUGGCAUAUCAAGAACAAGGUGUUCUAGCUGAAAGAGCUAGAUAUUCGAUGAUGGCUCCUCAUUCUUUUCUCUCCUCUCGACUUUCAGGAAUACCUGGAGUUAAAGCUCCCUUGCUAGAAGAGUUUGGCAUUCGCCUGGUCACAUAUGACCUUCCAGGUUUUGGGGAGAGUGAUCCUCAUCCCAAUAGAAACCUUGAGUCAUCAGCUCUGGACAUGUUAUACUUAGCAAAUGCUUUGGGUGUUAAUGGCAAGUUCUGGGUGGUGGGGCAUUCAGGCGGAAGCAUGCAUGCUUGGGCUGCUCUCAGAUACAUUCCUGAUAGACUUGCAGGUGCAGCCAUGUUUGCUCCAGUGGUCAAUCCAUAUGACCCCAGCAUGACUAAGCAAGAGAGAUAUGGAAUGUGGGAGAAAUGGACAUUCCGGAGGAAGUUAAUGUACUUUCUAGCUCGGAGAUUUCCUAGAUUUCUUUCUUACUUGUAUCGCAAAAGCUUCCUCUCAGGAAAGCAUGGUCAAAUUGAUAAGUGGCUAUCAUUAUCACUGGGAAAGAGGGAUAAAGCUUUGAUAGCAGAGCCGAUUUUUGUGGAGUUCUGGCAGAGAGAUGUAGAGGAAUCAAUCCGACAAGGAGAUGCAAAACCAUUUGUGGAGGAAGCUGUGAUGCAGGUGUCAGAUUGGGGUUUUAGUCUUGGGGAACUCAAGAUGCAGAAGAAACACCGAGGUAGUGGCAUUCUUCAUUGGCUCAAGUCUAAGUAUAGUCAGGAAGAGGAGGAAUUGAUGGGCUUCCUUGGCCCAAUACACAUAUGGCAGGGAAUGGACGAUAGGGUCGUCCCACCCUCAAUGACAGAUUUUGUGCAUCGGAUUCUACCAGGGGCAACAAUACAUAAGCUCCCAUAUGAGGGUCACUUCACCUAUUUCUAUUUCUGUGACAAAUGCCAUAGACAGAUAUUCAACACACUUUUUGAAACCCCACAAGGGCCCCUCGUUAGUAUUGAGGAAGUAGAUCAAACUCCCAUUGAAGGGGGUGUCGAAGACGCGGAAGAGGUAACCCUUGGCGAUUCUGCCACCAAGUCAGAUCUCAUUUUUAUAGUUUAGUUUAACAAAGUCUGGUGUAUAUACUGCAGGCUUGCCCCUUACCCAUGGAGCAAAAAAAUUUUUAAAAAUAAAUUGAUAGUUUGUUCUAGUUUUCGUUGUGUCCGUUGAUGGAUAGGUGCUGAAAUAUUUUUUGGAAGGAAAUGAAAAGAUGGUAAUAAUUGCUGAAA